AAGCAACGCUGAUCAUUUCAAUGUGCAGGGCAGUGCAUUGCAUAUAACAGACAACUCGAUAUUUGUAAAUAAAUAUAAACAUAAAUUACCGAGAAGACAAUGAAAAUUAUUUAAAUAAUUUUAGUCUCCUAGCAAUCGAUUUUUUAUUUAACCUUUAAUUUUUAUUCGGACAAAAACGGACACGAACAGUUGUCAAUGGUUUAAUACCAAUACGACCGUACGUCGCUUACUGUCAACAUGUCAAGAACAGGAACGAAACUCGAUGCAAAGAAAGUGAACUCUGAACUGUUCACUCUGACUUAUGGUGCACUUGUAGCCCAGUUACUCCAGGAUUAUGAAAACGUGGACGACGUUAACAAACAGCUGGAAAGAAUGGGAUACAACAUUGGGAUACGGCUGAUAGAGGACUUUCUGGCGAGGACUGGCUCCGGCCGAUGCUACGAUUUCAGAGACACAGCCGAGAAGAUUCAAAGCGGUUUCAAGAUAUUUCUAGGCAUAACGCCAUCGAUCACAAACUGGAGCCCAGCUGGCGACGAGUUUUCCCUUUGCUUCGAAACGAAUCCUCUGACGGAAUUCGCAGAAUUACCAGAUAAUUAUUCGAAUCUCAAGUACUGUAACAUUCUGCCUGGCGUGCUCAGAGGUGCCUGCGAAAUGGUGCAAAUGGAGGUCGCCUGCUGGUUUGUGCAGGAUCAGCUCAAGAACGACAAUGUCACGGAACUGCGGGUGAAAUUUGUCAAGAGGCUAGAGGAUGCAAUACCAGCAGGCGAAGAUUAAACGCAUUCAUUAUCCAAAUAUGUACAAGCGAUAUCUACGUAUUUGUCAAUUUAAUGAUAAAGUAUCUUGUAUCUUUAAGUUUGAUAUGUUAUAAUAAUUAGGCGUAUAUUUCCAAUGCUUGCAUUCCGCAUACUUUCGAGUAAAAGUAAUAUAUGGUGGAUUUCAUAUUAAUGUUCGCAACGAUAGUGAGAAUACGCAAUACAUACCAAGUUUGUUUAACAUUGA